AUGAUCGCUCCUUCUCUUGAGCUUUCUCUUCCCUUAACAUGACAGCUAACGCGGUAAAGCGAAAGCGUUCAGUGGAGAUCGAUUCCAAACAAACGUCCAAGUCCAAGACUCCUCGUAUCAGUGUUACGCGUAGUUCGAGCGAUACCUCCAAUACCCAAGUGUUACCCCUGCCUACGAACCUUCUCACUCUUCUGGACUUCACUAGCCUUCAAACUCAAGACGAAAUAUCCUCUCGUUUUAGAGAAAUAGCUAAAAGCGUCAUACAAGACCACAGGCUGGUCAUUACUCAUGACGGAAAAGAAAUGGAAUAUGAGGUUCUCGAGCUGGAGUUCUACCUCAUAAAGCCGGGAUGUCAUGAAGACCCGUUUACACAUGGAAGUGACGAGCAGAAACAAAGCGGACAUUGGUACUUUCACCGGGCUCCACGACGUAUAACUACAAUUCAAACGUCGAAUCGCGCUCCUACGGCCGCAGGUGGUUACAGAGGCGGGACGCGUAAAGGACUCGAUCUCACGCUAGGAAAGCCAGUACCCAAGGUCGCCUCACAUUUCUUCACGUCAGAAGCUGACGAGAAAUAUGAUCCUGCAAACGAGCCUUGCGGAGGGGCACUUCUACGCUCUUUAAGACGUCUUUCCGACGGUAAAGUAAUUUCUGGGCCUUCCCUCCUGGUGGACGAGAUUUUGCGCGUGAGCAAAGCGGUUAACAUUUCCGAGCUCGUCACUACGAAGUGGAACGGGAACACUUCCGCUUUCCUACCACCUUCUCAUGACGCAGCUUCUCGCACAACGACGAUGUUCCUUAGAUCCAUCCAUAACGCAGCGAAGUCUAAAUCGAAGCAUCCUCGUCUGUUCAACUCUCCUCGCAUAGGCCUUGAUCUAUCUCACUCGAGCAUACCCAUCCCUCCGAAUAACGAGAUUUCCUCCCUGAAACCCACACUCACUCACCCCCGGUUCAUGUUCGUCUCCAAACCAUACCGAUAUUUCAUCCAUCCUGAGCUCCUCACAGCUAACGGCAGAGGACAAACCUUUCUCGGUGUAUACCAAGCCUGCCUUGCAGAGACAGGUUUAGCGGAAGACAGCCAGGAUAUGAAGCGGAUUGUCCGCAGACUUGUAGAUUUGGUAGGGAUAACAGAGGGCAAGGUCGUGAAGUAUCUUGAAGACUAUCGAAUCGCCAAGGAGAAAGCUCAGUUGAAACCUUUCGUAGGCAGCACGGGGAAAGGUGUUUCGGCAGCUCCUUCUUCUUUCCUCAGCCUUAUGGGAACCCUAGAGUCACUUGCUGAACAAUCUAGAUGAACCUCGAGUUCUAGGAGUGCGCGAGUAAUCUUACCUCUGGGACUAUUUGGAAUAUACCCUGUAUGUUACGUUCAACCCGAAUGGCUUUUCUUGCAAGGGUGGUAUAAGCCUUGGUCUCCUAGAGAGGAACAUAGUCCAUCGGUCCACGGUAGAACUGAGACAGACAUUCAUAAGGGUGGCAGAUACCAUCAGUGAGUGAAGAGCAAAUCAUAAGCAAUAUAUCUAUAAAAAUACCAGCAAUUUUAGGGAUACAGCAUGUCAAAGUCGAAUAUGGAUAUCCUGAUACAUAUUAAAUAUCACAGCCUGCGAGUGGAGAGGGUAUGGGGUUGCGCGUGUACAAGGGGGUAAACGAAUGUGUGUUUCGGGUGGGGUAUUAUGUGCAUCUAAUCAUAUGUCGUGGGUCAGUCCGUCAGUCGUGGUAUAUAUUGGGUCUUCUCUUCUUCCAACGAUAUCGCACUGGUAUCUGACCAUCGUGUCUUGCGUCCUGAGUAAAGCUCUCAGUAGACAUGCUCGUUAAUCCUUCGUAAUCGAAGCAUCCAUCGCUUCAUGCCAUGGGCCUCGCCCUCGAGAGCUUCGAGUUUCUCCUUGAGUUCGCGUUCCUGUUGUCGAAUAAAAUCACCUUCGCC